GAGGGGAGGCGGCGUUGGUUUCUCUGAAUACAGCGGAGUCCGGAGAGAGGAGCCUGAGAGCGGCCAGGAGCGCGCAGCCGGGGCUCGGGCUGCAGGGAGCGGCGCCCGCCAUGGGGUCCUCGGAAUCACGAUGAGGACCUAAGGCACCUGCCUGUUGACUGUCCCCCUGGCCUGCAGUGACCAUGGCCCCCCGCAAGAGGAGCCGCCAUGGCCUGGGCUUCCUGUGCUGCUUUGGGGGCAGCGACCUCCCUGAGAUCAACCUCCGCGAUACCCACCCUCUGCAGUACAUGGAGUUUUCCAGUCCUAUCCCAAACCCAGAGGAGCUUAACGUGCGCUUCGCAGAGCUGGUGGAUGAAUUGGAUCUCACUGACAAAAACCGGGAGGCUGUGUUUGCACUGCCCCCUGAGAAGAAAUGGCAGAUCUACUGCAGCAAGAAAAAGGAGCAGGAGGACCCCAACAAGCUGGCGACCAGCUGGCCUGACUAUUAUAUUGACCGAAUCAACUCUAUGGCUGCGAUGCAGAGUCUGUACGCAUUUGAUGAGGAGGAGACUGAGAUGAGGAACCAAGUUGUGGAAGACCUGAAGACAGCUCUCCGGACACAGCCCAUGAGCAGAAAAGUAAUGAUAGACAAUAAGUGUGCCGUGUCUUGGUACAGAACACUGCUGAAUGAGCUGGACCGAAGUUUGGGCCGGUACCGGGAUGAGGUGAAUCUGAAAACAGCCAUCAUGUCCUUUAUCAACGCUGUCCUCAAUGCUGGAGCUGGAGAGGGACACUUGGCCAUGCCUAGGGACAUUUUUGGUUGUCACAACUCCAGGCAUUUAGACUUCUUCGAGAUGGUGCGGAACGAGGAUGACCUGGAGCUAGCCAGGAAGUUUGACAUGGUCCACAUCGACACCAAGAGUGCUUCCCAGAUGUUUGAGCUGAUCCACAAGAAGCUGAAGCACACGGAGGCCUACCCCUGCCUGCUGUCUUUUCUGCACCACUGCCUGCAGAUGCCCUACAAGCGGAACGGUGGCUACUUCCAGCAGUGGCAGCUUCUGGACCGCAUCCUCCAGCAGAUUGUCCUCCAGGAUGAUAGAGGCGUGGACCCUGACCUGGCUCCCUUGGAGAACUUCAACGUCAAGAACAUCGUCAACAUGCUCAUCAAUGAGAAUGAAGUGAAACAGUGGCGAGACCAGGCAGAGAAGUUCCGGAAAGAACACACGGAGCUGGUGAGCAGGCUGGAGAGGAAAGAGCGAGAAUGUGAGACAAAGACGUUGGAGAAGGAAGAGAUGAUGCGGACGCUGAACAAGAUGAAGGACAAGCUGGCUCGAGAGUCCCAGGAGCUGCGCCAGGCUCGGGGACAAGUGGCUGAGCUGGUGGCCCAACUCAGUGAAAUCUCGACAGGACCUAUAUCUUCCCCACCUCCCCCUGGGGGCCCACUUACCUUGUCUUCCUCGAUGACAACCAAUGACCUGCCUCCACCCCCACCCCCUCUACCUUUCGCCUGCUGCCCCCCACCGCCACCACCACCCCUUCCACCUGGUGGGCCCCCCACUCCCCCUGGCGCCCCACCCUGCUUCAGCAUGGGCCUGCCCCUCCCUCCAGACCCCUUCCCCAGUAGUGACAUCCCACUCAGGAAGAAGUGUGUCCCCCAACCUUCCCACCCGCUGAAGUCCUUCAACUGGGUCAAGCUGAAUGAGGAACGUGUCCCUGGCACCGUAUGGAAUGAGAUUGAUGACAUGCAGGUAUUUCGGGUGCUGGACCUAGAGGACUUUGAAAAAAUGUUUUCAGCCUAUCAGAGGCACCAGGUAAGACCCCACACCAUCCACAUGAGGAUGCCUCUGUUAUUUAAGGGGACACCUCCCCAUCUUGAGCCUGGUCAGUGUAUGGGCUUCUGUGGGCUGUAUCCCCAUAGCAGCUUCCCACCAGUUUCCUGUCUGACCUUCACCUGCUCUUCGCAGCUCCUCAAGUUCAUCCCGGAGAAGAGCGACAUUGACCUCCUGGAGGAGCACAAGCAUGAGAUCGAGCGGAUGGCCCGUGCUGACCGCUUCCUCUAUGAAAUGAGCAGGAUUGACCACUACCAGCAGCGACUGCAGGCCCUCUUCUUCAAGAAGAAGUUCCAGGAGCGGCUGGCUGAGGCCAAGCCCAAAGUAGAAGCCAUCCUGCUGGCCUCCCGCGAGCUGAUUCGAAGCAAGCGUCUAAAGCAGAUGCUAGAGGUCGUCCUGGCCAUCGGCAACUUCAUGAACAAAGGGCAGCGUGGGGGCGCCUAUGGCUUCCGGGUGGCCAGCCUCAACAAGAUCGCUGACACCAAGUCCAGCAUUGACAGAAACAUCUCCCUGCUGCACUACCUGAUCAUGAUCCUGGAGAAGCACUUCCCUGACAUCCUGACAAUGCCCUCGGAGCUGCAGCAUCUCCCAGAAGCCGCCAAAGUCAACUUGGCAGAGCUGGACAAGGAAGUGGGCAACCUCAGGAGGGGCCUCAGAGCGGUCGAGGUGGAGCUGGAAUAUCAGAAACGCCAGGUGCGGGAAGCAAAUGACAAGUUUGUCCCAGUCAUGAGUGACUUCAUUACAGUGUCCAGCUUUAGCUUCUCAGAGCUGGAGGACCAGCUGAAUGAGGCCAGGGACAAGUUCUCCAAGGCCCUGACGCACUUUGGGGAGCAGGACAGCAAGAUGCAGCCAGACGAAUUCUUUGGCAUCUUUGACACCUUCCUGCAGGCCUUCUCGGAGGCCCGGCAGGACCUGGAGGCGAUGAGGAGGAAGAAGGAGGAGGAGGAGCGAAGGGCCCGAAUGGAAGCCAUGCUGAAGGAGCAGAGGGAGCGAGAGCGGUGGCAGAGGCAGCGGAAGGUCCACGCGGGCAGCGCGCUGGAGGAGGGAGGCGAAUUCGACGACCUGGUGUCAGCCCUGCGCUCGGGGGAGGUUUUCGACAAGGACUUAUGCAAGCUCAAGCGCAGCCGCAAGCGGUCAGGGAGCCAGGCCCUGGAAGUCACCCGGGAGCGGGCAAUAAACAGGCUAAAUUAUUGACCUGGGGAUUGGCCACAGCAGGCGGCCAGGAGACAGGGAUGGGCCGAGAGGGGCUGAGUGGAGAAGGCGGUGAUACUUAAACAAUUUGGUGCUCGGUUUAGAGCCCUGGGCUGGGUCCCGGGGUGGGGGCUGUGUGUGGCAGGACCAGGUGUAUCCCCACACUUGCCUGAUGGGGCUCCUCUUCUCCCCGCUUCCCGUUCUUUCUGCUUCCCGGUCCCCAGGGAUCACUCUCUGAGGCUGACUUGGAUGUCCCUGGCAGGCCUGGCUGAAGGGGCCCUGCUCCCCACUGCCAGCAUGGGCACCCGCAUGUUGGCACAGAACUGUUUAAGAUCUAGACUGAACAGGUCCAUGGAUGUGGUCUAGAUUUCACGUGCGGUGGGGAGUCACCGUGGGGUGGACCUCUGAGAGCCAGGGUGAGGGAGUCCAGGCUCUCAUCUCUCAAGAGGUGGCUUAAUGGAACACUGAUCUGGGGGCAGACUUUCCUCUUGAAUGGAAAAGAGGCAUUAGAUAUUCUAGCUAGAUCUGUUCCAGGAAAAAUAUGCUGGGAGGAUGAUGCAGGGACCAAGUCAUCAGGACAGAGUAGCAGUGCCUGUUUCCUACAUCGUAAGUCCUUUAACCCCUCUCUUGCAUGUCUUAAGUCUCUCUCCCUUCCUUCCUUCCUGUUACCUCCAGCCUAUCUACUAAUCCAGAAUCCCAGAAAGCCCACCUUUGGGUUCCCAUGACUGGCUCACCAUCAGGUACUGGAUGAAUCCUGUAACGGAAGGGGUUCAACAAAGACCCCCCCCCCCUUACCACACCUCGUGCCUUGGGCAUAGGGACCCUAGAACAAAAUCCCACCACGCCCCACCUCCCCUGGACAACCCGAGCAUUGUCUUGAAACAAGACAGUAACCUCACAUGUUGGCGAGGAGUUCCUGACAGCCCCUCACCCGAGGGCAGCACUUGAAUGCCUAGUCCCACCCCUGGUCUACCACUCAGACACCAAACUCUAACAUCUGCCUCAGGGCAGAAGCCGCAGUGACCUCCCACUCUGUCCAGUGUGCGAGAUUCCACCUCAAACCAUGUGAGUCUACCUGGCUGAGGCUGGCCCUGGAGCAUCGGUUCCUGAGAGGGUCCCAGGGGCCGGGGCUGCUCUCUGCAUUGACAUGCCGUUUCUAGGUGUCUUCUCUGAGGCAUGCAGACGGAGCCCGGAGCAGGCAGGGGAAGUGAGGGAGAGGAAGAUGAGGGAUGGAGGAGGAAGGCCGAUUUCCCUGGGGUGUGCACUGCCUGAAGGAGCCAAGGGGGACAGGCUGAGAGGGGAGCCCCAAUCCAUCUCUGGUACCCGAUGUGGUUCUUCAACCUGACUUCCAAGGGGCCCAUUCAGGUCCUCCUGUCCACUCCCACCUUCCAUUCUGUCCAUGUUAUGCUGUCCGUUCUCAUUUAACAUUCUGCCCACCUUGAGCAGGUGGGUUAAUGGCUGUGUCUAAACAAAACUUUCUGUCUUCUAAAAGAAAGGAGGUGAGGUCAACUCCAUCAAGGCUCUUACUCUCAAUAUUUUCUCCCCCUGGAGUUGACCUUUCACUCUCUGUGUCUGCCUGCCUGACAUCCCCACCCCGCCACAUCAAACGGCUUAUUGCCCCUCCUUUUGUUUCUCAACCUUCCAACCUACUCCUCCAGCUCAGGGUUAUUGCCAGUGGACAGACUGGUGGGCUGGGCCCACUCUUCAGCUGCCUAUCCAUCUUUUUCCCUACAUUAUCUUCUCCCUACUGAUUCCUGGGGGUGGGGCCAUCGUAGCUACAAGGGGGUGUGGAGAAGAAACCCAAGGUUGGUGAGCCCAGCAUGUGUGUUGGUUUGAGGGGGGGGGGGUCUGAGCAAAUGCAAGCCUGGCCAGGACAGGCGUGAAGAGGCCAUCCUGGAGCCCAGGUGAGGGCGAGGUGAAGACUUCCAGGAAGAACAGCUGCAGAGAGCUCUGUUCUACCAUCUGUACACCCAAGAGCCCUUACGGCAAGAAGCUGGUGUUGGGAUUAUGGAAGGUUGUGAGUGAGGUCUCUGAAUGUCCUCUCCCAAACUGACUGGGCCGAGGUCAACCUAACCCACAGGGGCAGGGAACAGGGCAGGGCUCCACUUCUAUCCAACGGGCUUGUCCAAGUCCUGGCGUUCCCACCCUCCAUGGAAGACUGGAUAUGCACCAGCAAAGACAAGGAAUAUGGAAGCUGUUCGAGACACAUUGGAUCCGCAGAAAAGCAUCAUUUGGUUUAACUGUUUACAGAGGACACAUACAUUGUUCCAGGGCUUAGUCUUCUCACCCCAAAAGAUUUUUCCUUCUCUAUUUAUUAUUUUCAAGAUCUGGCCAGUGACUCUGGCACCAGACACCACUGUAGGCAGAUCUCCAACAAGUGCCUUGGACCAUGGACCAUCAUGGCUGACUCAGCAAGAAGGGGCUAAUGGCCCUAUGAAGACGGCUGGGUUGGUCCUUGAUGUGCUACAUGUUUACGCCUAUUUGUUCUCUGGUCUUUUCCCAGUGCCCUUCCCUCCCCCCUUCCUGCCAUCUUCGGGUAAAUCUCUCCAGCUGUCUAAUUUUGUGUCCACUGUAAAAUUCAGUUAACCUAAUACAAGCUGUCCCCUUCUCAGCAGCAGCACCCACUCCUUCUCCCGUCGUGGAAGUAAGGUGUGUUUAGGGCAGUGGGAGGAGAAAACUCUCCAGGUGGGUGGGGAAGGGUCUGGUCCAGGCUCUCCCCCACCCCCAUCCUAUUUCCACCAACUGGGGGGCCGUGACUAUCUCCCCCACCUCCACCAGGGACGCCUUCAUGCCAAGGCUGUCUCAGACAACCAAUGAGGCUAAUGUCUGAAAUUGGCAGCAUCCUUUUCACCUGCACCUUUUUUUAUAAUAUAUUGUAAUACUAAAAAACAUUAAAUCCAUACCAUCCCCCUCCA